CUGUGAGCCGUCCCAACACUGGCAAGAUUGAAUCAUCCUCUUGCCAUGCGAGGCUCCACAUCGCUUGGCUCUCGCACUGUUUUUCCAGCCCGCGCACGGCAGAUUCUGGGGCUCAUCAGACCCUCUGCCUGCAAGCCUCAAAGGGCCUUCAUCCGCCGCUUCCCCAUCCGUGCCCUGGUUGCUGCUACCAUCCUCCCGGGCUGCCCUGUCAGACGUCAUUUCCCUCGUGCUUCAACUGACGCACUUCAUUGCAAACAAAGAGAGGUUCUAUGAGAAGAACCACCCUCCCGCCUAGUCGUCGGUAUCAUGGUCUGCAGCAGACCGGUUGAGAAGGCGAAGACACGAUGGCGAAAGACUUUGCAACAAGAGGCCCGGCGGUGCUGGCCGUGACAGCAACCACGCUAGCGCUCUGCACUGUAUUUGUUGUGCUGAGGUUGAUAUCGCGGUUCGCCAUCGUCAGGAAGCCAGGAUGGGACGACUACACUAUGAUUUUGGCAUGGAUUAUGGCCUUUGGCACGUCUUUUAGCAUCUGCUAUGGCACUUCUGUGGGUCUGGGAAGGCACGAAGUGAACGUGCCGCAGGAUUGGGAUUCAGCUUUGAAGAAGUCGGAAUAUGUCUUCUCGGUCCUAUAUAAUCCGGCGUUGAUGGCAACCAAGACAUCCAUCCUCAUGUUCUAUCUCACCCUGUCGAAAACACAGAAGAUCUUCCGCUGGUCGACAGUUGCCACACUUGUUGUUGUUAAUGUGGGCGGUUUGGCCUUGACACUGCUCAAUAUCCUGCAGUGUUCACCUGUCUAUGCGGCUUUCAAGACUCCAGUGCCGGCUUCGGCGUCCUGCACCGACAUUGUUACCAUUUAUCUCUCUUCAGCACCCCUGAAUAUCAUCACGGACCUGGCCAUUUUGUUUCUGCCGAUGCCCAUUCUUACCGGCAUGCGACUACCAAGGAAACAGAAGGCAAUCCUAGUCAUUACCUUUGGAUUUGGUGUUUUCGUUGCCGUCGUCGAUGUGGUUCGAAUAGCGUAUCUCCAAUCCGCCGCCAGGAACCAUCUUAGCGAUAUUCAGGAGCACAAGUCACCCUCUGGAAGCGAUUCACGGAACAAGGCUGGCGAUUUCCCCUGGUACGCUUCUCUAUCCUUCAUGUGGUCUGCCAUCGAGAUUAACGUAGGAGUCAUGUGCGGUUGUGUCCCUGCCAUGAAGCCUUUAGUGUCUCGUUUUAUCCCUCGCUGGAUCCACGACAACACCAUGAGAGAGAAAUCUGCCACCGCUACGGGCGAUAGCAUUCAUCCAGAUAUUUUUGAUACCCGCAGACGAUCGAAUCUACCUAACUCCGAGGAGUCACCAAUGAGAAAACCUCCUCCAGCGCUAGGUGGCGCAAUUAAACCUAUGGGCAUGAUGGACUUCUUGACUACUCCUAACAUUAAUGAAUUGCCGAAUCCCAAUCAAACGAACACGGUUGCAAUGUUUGCCACCACCGCUUGUACGCGGCAGAGAUCUGCUACUUUCUUUGAUUUUGUGGACCUAGAGAGAAGGAAGAACAUUACUUUGAUGAGCAACCGGGAGUCUAUCUACCCCAUCCUCAUGGUCACCGUUCUGUUCUUCGUGUGGGGAUUCGCCUAUGGUCUUCUCGAUACACUAAAUGCCCGGUUCCAGGAAGUUGCGAAUAUGACCAGUGGUCAGACACUUGGUCAACACAGCGCAUACUACCUGGGGUACAUCAUUGGACCUCUUACAUUUGGUAGGGUAGUCUUCCGUCGUUGGGGUUUCAAGGCCUGCUACACUGUAGGUCUUAUUAUCUACGCCUGUGGGACCCUCGUAUUCUGGCCUUCCGCUGUGUUGACAUCCUUCCCCGCAUUCCUGAUUUCAAACUUUAUCGUUGGCCUUGGCCUUUCUACUCUCGAGAUCAGUGCCAACCCAUUUAUCGCGCUCUGUGGGCCUCCCGAGCACGCGGAGGUGAGACUCAACCUUUCCCAGGCAGUCCAAGCGAUUGGAAGUAUCGUCUCUCCACUACUAGCUAAGAAAGUCCUGUUCAAAGCUUCUGCUGAUAGCCUUAUCGACGUCCAGUGGACAUACCUGGGUAUCUCAUUCUUCACCAUAAUUCUCGCCAUUGUAUAUUAUUACGUACCGCUACCCGAAGCCACUGACGAGGAUUUGGAAGAGGCUAGUGCACGUAUACCCACACCUCUGGAAGCCACUGUGGCAUCAUCACACAUCACAGUUAUCUGGAUUACCCUUGCGUUGGGAGUCUUUUCUGAAUUUUGCUACGUCGGCGGACAGGAGUCAGUUUCGACAAGUUUUGCAGAGUACUUGCAACUUGUCACCCCCUCUCUCGACUACGUUAACCACCAGGCAGUCGGCCACACCGCAUUUGCCGCCUCUCGCUUCUUCGCUGCGGCCAUUGGUGUCUGGGUCAAACCACGUUACCUUCUUCUGUUCGCCUACACUGGUGCCAUUGCAUUCGCAGCAGCUUGUAUGAAUGGGUCUCGAGCGACACCAGCAGCACUGCUCGUCAUGGUCAUGUUCUUCGAAGGCCCCAUCUUCUCACUCGUUUACGCCCAAGCAUUGCGUGGAUGGGGUAAACACACGAAAGAUGCUGCAAUCCUACUCACAGCCGCCAUUGGCGGUGGGGGAGUCUUCCCACCGAUUUUCUACGGCGUUCAGCAGUCACAUAAUGCACAAUAUGCAUACUGCGUUGUCGUCGCUACCUUCGCUUUCGGCAUGAUCUUCCCUCUCUGGAUAAACGUUCAUCCCACGGCCAGACAGAUUGUAGACCCAAUGAAAGACGAGCAGACAAGACGAGCUUCGCAGCUAGAAGAAGAAAGACGCGAUUUUGCCCAAACAGGGGAGAAACGGCAUAAGAGGUGGAGUAGUAGUAUUCGCAAGAGGUUUGGUAGGGAGAAAGAUGAGUUUCCUGUCAUUGAACAUAGGGAGAAGAGCAAUUGGCCCGAUGGCAACGUUCCGAACGGAAGCCCAAGCAGAAGCUAAUGCUGUUGCUAUGCAUUAUGAUUUACGAAUUUAGGACGUUUCAUGUUAUUUCAUGUUAUGAGCAUUGCAUCACUACCAAACUGGCGUCUUUUUGGGGAGAGAAAAGGAGUGGCGCAGUGUCAUGGGAGGUGGACUGUUAUUUACGAGCAGGGGAAGAUACCUGUGAUUAGAUGUUUUAUAUAUUGUUUAUCGUUAAUGCU